AAGGAAGAAGGCAGGAAGAAGCAAGGAAGGAAGGAAGGAAGGAAGGACAACAGGAAGGAAGAGGAAGGAAAGGAAGGAAGAAGGAAAGAGUACAAGGAAUGCAAGGAAGAGGAAGGAAGGGAAGGUAAAGGGAGAAGGAAAAGUAGAAGGAAGGAAGAAGGAAGAAGGAAGGAGAAGGAAGGAAGGAAGGAAGGAAAGAAGGAAGGAAGGAGGAAAGGAAGGAAGGAAGAGGAAGGAGAAAGAAAGAAAGAAAGAAAGAAAGAAAGAAAGAAGAAGAAAGAAAGAAGAAAGAAAGAAAGAAAAGAAAGAAGAAGGAAAGAGAAAAGAAGAAAGAAAAAGAGAAGAGAAAAGGAAAGAAAGAUUAAUGAAAGGGAGGAAGAGGCAAAAAAAAAGGAAAAAGAAAGGGGGAAAAAAAGUAAAGAAAGGAGGAAUCAUGAGGACAGGAGGAGAAGAGAAAAGAGAAGAGAAAAGAGAAGAGAGAAGAGAAGAGAGAAGAGAAGAGAGAAGAGAAGAGAGAAGAGAGAAGAGAAGAGAAGAGAAGAGAAGAGAAGAGAAGAGAAGAGAAGAGAAGAGAAGAGAAGAGAAGAGAAGAGAAAGUAGAAAGAAGAGAAAGAGAGGGAAGAGGAGGAGGAGAGGAGGAGAGGGAGAGAUGAGAGGAGAGAGAGAGGAGAGGAGAGGAGGAGAGGAAGAGGAGAGGAGAGGAGAGGAGAGGAGAGGAGAAGGAGAGGGAGAGGAGAGGAGAGGAGGAGGAGAGGAGAGGAGAGGAGAGGAAGAGGAGAGGAGAGGAGAGGAGGAGGAGAGGAGAGAGAGAGGGAGAGGAAGGAGAGGGAGAGGAGAGGAGAAAGAGAAGAGAAGAGAAGAGAAGAGAAGAGAAGAGAAGAGAAGAGAAGAGAAGAGAAGAGAAGAGAAGAGAAGAGAAGAGAAGAGAAGGAAAAGAAAAAACACUUUUCUGUUAAUUUGAGCAGUUAGGUGUAUGAGACAAAGCAUGCGCAAUAUGCUCUGUCCAUCCUCAUCCUUCCUUUGUUUCUUCAGUGCAGAAUUGAAGGGCUUAUCAUGGCCCUUCCUGUUCACAGAGGUUUAGAUGAUCUGAUGUUCAGUAAAUGUUUCAUUCUGCGGAUGUUCCCACUAUUAUGUAAGAUACAUAUUAAUUAAUAAUGAAAGAGCUGGAAGAUUCUUGGCUCUCUUACUAAGGGUUGGAGAGGAAAUGCAUUCUCUCCUGGGUAAGCUAGCCUCCCAGUCCUCGAGCAUCACCCUUUGCGCAGGAUGGGCUGGCAUUGAGUGACGCAGCCAGCAUAUCAGAUGUGUGUGAUGUACACAGGAGAUGUUUGGCUAAAGUCAGCGUGUAAGCAGCAUUAGAAAGGCUUUCUGUUGAUAUCUGUACAAGUGAAAUUCCUCCCUGCUAUGAAAUUCUAGACCUAUGACUCCCCCACAUGCAGCAAAAUAAAAACAGCCAUCUGUUUGCCAUGUUCUUAGUACAUUCCUGUUUGGGGUUUGUUGUUUUUUCUCCUUCUUUCUUCCAAGAAAGUUGACAUCCUACUUCCAGCCUCCUACUACUAGGAUAUUAACAUAGAUGGUAAUCAAAACUAAAGACUGCUCUUGGAAUAACUGCAGCCCUAUUCUGCGCCGUGAAGAUGAAGGAACCUGUUCUAGAUGCAGGUCCCCAAGCAGAGGUGAGUCUGUGGCCAGGGGGGUUCCUGCAGGAGAUGGCUGUCAAGGUGCAUCACAGGCAGAAAGACAUGCAGACACAGUCCCCCAUCGUUUUGCACCUUGUUGCUAUGUGACAGGCAGUGCCAGCUAGCUGAAGUGUUUGUGCUGAAACUGAGAGUCCUCUAAGUUUGUGCCCCAGCUCAAGCCUGCUUUUAAGUGCAUAUUACUUGGUUCUUGUAUGAGCUCCAAGGAUAUUCCCUCUUCUCCUCUGCCUCCCAUUAAGUAACAAGAUUACAGCAAACUGUUGGCCUAGAUACAGCUUGCCGUGCUCCAUGGGUUGUAGAUCAGACUCUGACCUCAUUCUGUCGUUGCUCCCUGAUGUCUGCAUUCUGUGAAAUCUGCUGGGUCCUUUCUCCCUAGGGCUGUCUCUCGAUGCCAUCCCAUUGCACUAAGCUGCAGCAUCCCCAGCCACGAGUGCAGGGCUGAGCUGGUUGCUGGGUGCAUGCCUGGUACCCCUUGGCCUUGGGAAGGUUGGCUGGUCUGGGAGGUGGGGAGUUUGGCUGCUCUCACAACAUGGAGAGAUACCCAACAGCUGGAUUUGUGCAGGGAUUUCAGGAAAGGUUUCCAAAAGCAAUUUGUUGUCCAAAAGAAGUAGCUUGAAUAUUUUGAAAUACUCUGUGAGUGAAGUUUCAUUACCACCAGAGCAGAAAAACUGAUUUGGGUCAGUAAACACUUUUGAACCUGAAACGAUACCAUGGGUUUUUCCUCUUACUUUUCAAAUUUUUAAUUCCAAUGCUAUAUAGUAAAACAAACAAAAAAAUAAUAUGAAAUAAUAUGGUGUUAUUCCUAGAUAUUGGAACAGGAGGCUCUGGUGUCCUGGAAGUGUCCUUCUGCUCCCUUCCAGUAUUUGCAUUCAAAAUGAACUAUUUCAUAAAUUCAUUAUGGUUUUACUUUCCUCAAACUGAAAUCAUAAUGAAUUUGCUUAUUAAUAUGUGAAGACUUUAGAGCUAUGGCACCCAUUUAGCACAUUUUCUCUCAACCUCUUGAAAUCAAAACUCAGCGUAUAUUUGCGCAGCAAGUCGGUAGGAAUUUCAUGGUAGUCUGUCCUUCUGCAACAGUAGAUAGUUAGGCAGUGGAUAAGCUACUGGGUAAAUUUUCACAUGCUUUCUGACCUUUCUGAUGCUGGCACUGGCUUGUCUUCUCAAGUAGCAACCAAGAUAAUCUGGCCCCUGAGAUAAAGUAGAAGAGAGAAAGUUAUUCUUAGCAAUCUCUUGCUUUGGUUCUGGCAUUUUGUUCUGUCCUGUCCAUCCUCCUCGCAGGGUGGAAGGAUGCAGCUUGUUUGUUAUGGUUUACCAUAUCUACUGUCCUAGCUUUCGAUAUUGAACAGAGCUGAGCUUUGCCCUUCAGGGCUUUCCCACCAGUACAAGGGCAACCCGCUGUGUUCUGGAGCUGCUACAAACCCUCAGGUUUCAAUCCAUGUGUUUGUUUGUUUCUCCCUGAACAGUCCUGCUAGUUGGAAGGCUCCUGUCUGACAAAGAGGAAAUUUAUCUCUUCCUCUUCUCCCCCUGUAAUUCAGAUUCCAGGAACUGGAAUUUCUAAGAAAACAUGAAAUGCUUUGAGAAUUAUUGUCUCUUCAGAUAUAAUCUGUACAACUGCAGAAAAUCAGCACAUGCAUCUUCUGUAACUUGUAAUGGGAGUGUUUAGUAAUACCACAGGAAGAGGUUUGCAAAUAUUUUAUCUCUCUGUAUUUUUACUUCCUUAUUUUUUGCACCUUUGUGUUUAACAUUGUGGAAAAUGCUGAUAGCAUCACAUAUAUGGAGAUUGAACCCUAUUUCUUAGUCCUAGGGUCAACAACGCAUGCCAUUAUAUGCUUUAAGCAAAUGGUUGCCUGGCAGCCCUUCUGCUUUUUUUAUGGCCAUAUCUUCCUUGUCUUCACACUGCACAGUGCCACAGAGGAGGGCAUUUUCUCUUCAAUGCACCUAUUCAGUUCUGUGCAGCUUCUUGGUACAAAAUCCAUUUCCUCCCACCAGACUACCCCAAGCUUUCUGGAUUUAUCCCUAACCAGCACUAGUGUUCAACAUGACCUGCCUUUCACUGAGGACAGCUGUAAGCCCUGGUCCCAGGGCCACACCAUGUGUGUUAGGGGAGAGGGACGGAUGUGGGGGAAGAAAAGUAUUAGGUUAGGAAAAAUAUUUAGUAAGUAUACAUUUUAGUUUACAUUCUAUGUUUAGGUAUGAGAAGGGAAGUGAUUUUUUUUUUCUCUUCUGCAGUUCUCUUAAGCUUAUAAAGCAUCUGUUUCUCACCUUUUGUCACUGCUGCUUGAAGCAAGAUUGCUGGU